CCCGGCCAGCCCGAGAAAAACAGGACGGACUCCAAUGUGAGAAUGGCUGUGACUUUGGAAGAAGCUCCGUGGCUGGGCUGGAUUCUGGUGAAAGCCUUGAUGAGGUUUGCCUUAAUGGUCGCCAACAACGUGUUUGCUCUUCCAUCCUACGUCUUGUAUGUCAUCAUACUUCAACCUCUUCGAGUACUGGACAGUAAGCGGUUUUGGUAUAUUGAAGGAGUCAUGUAUAAAUGGCUUAUAGGAGUUGUGGCUUCUUGGGGAUGGUAUGCUGGAUAUACAGUGAUGGAAUGGGGAGAAGAUAUUAAAGCAAUUUCAGAAGAUGAAGCAAUGAUGCUGGUAAAUCAUCAGGCAACAGGUGAUGUGUGCGCCCUGAUGAUGUGCCUGCAGGACAAAGGCCUGGUUAUUGUUCAAAUGAUGUGGUUGAUGGAUCAUAUUUUUAAGUACACAAACUUUGGAAUUGUUUCUCUAAUUCAUGGAGAUUUCUUUAUAAGGCAGGGAAAAUCUCAUCGUGACCAACAGCUGCUGCUUCUCAAGAAGCACUUAGAAAAUAAUUAUAGGAGCAGAGAUCGAAAGUGGAUUGUACUGUUUCCAGAAGGGGGCUUCCUCAGGAAGAGGCGAGAAACAAGUCAAGCAUUUGCCAAGAAAAAUAACUUGCCAUUUCUUACACAUGUCACCCUGCCAAGGAUUGGGGCAACAAAAAUUAUUUUGAGUACACUGGUAGCACGACAGGAAAAUGGAAUCCCAGCAGGAGGAGAUGCUAAAGGACCAGACAGCAAAUUUAAAGGCCUCCAGUGGGUGAUAGAUACUACUAUAGCUUAUCCCAAAGCUGAACCUUUAGAUAUUCAAACCUGGAUUCUUGGCUACAGGAAACCAACAGUCACACAUGUACAUUACAGGAUCUUUCCAAUUAAAGAUGUGCCCCUGGAGACUGAUGAUGGCCUUUCUGAUUGGCUCUAUCAGCGGUUUAUUGAAAAAGAAGACCUCUUAUCACAUUUUUAUAAAACAGGAGCCUUCCCACCUCCCAAGGGCCAUAAGGAAGCUGUUGCCAGGGAGAUGACCCUCAGCAAUAUGAGGCUAUUUCUCAUACACUGUUUUGUAUUUCUGUCAGGCUAUAUGUGGUAUAAUGUCAUUCAGUAUUUUUACCAUUGCCUGUUUUAG